GCCUGACGCCAGUUCAGGUUGACAGCGAAGCGGCGCCAUGGCGACCAAGCGCAAGGGCGGCGUGGGCGGCAACAAGUUCCGCAUGACGCUCGGCCUGCCGGUGGCCGCCACCAUGAACUGCGCAGACAACAGCGGCGCCAAGAACCUGUACGUCAUCUCCGUGCACGGCUGGGGCUCCCGCCUCAACCGCCUGCCCGCAGCCGCGCCCGGCGACAUGGUCAUGGCGACGGUGAAGAAGGGGAAGCCAGACUUGCGCAAGAAGGUGAUGCCCGCGAUUGUGGUGCGGCAGCGCAAGGCGUUCCGGCGGAAGGACGGCACCUUCAUCUACUUUGAGGACAACGCGGGGGUGAUUGUGAACACCAAGGGAGAGAUGAAGGGCUCCGCCAUCACCGGCCCCGUGUGCAAGGAGUGCGCCGACCUGUGGCCGCGCGUGGCAGCAGCAGCAAACACGAUCGUCUGAGCGCCCGCCUGCCGAGGCGGCAGGCGCGGCUGGCGAGGCGCGGAGCGGGGCCUGCAGCCACACACACACCCUCUCCGCACCAAGCAGCGUGUAAUGCACCAUUUGCCAGGAGGCAGGAUUCGAGG